UCACCACCGGCCAUCACCGCUUCAUUGUGGGGUUGAUGCUGCGAUCGGAGCCGGAGGAGAGCGAGAGAAAUAAGAAAUAACAGGAGCAUGCCAUGGACACGGCCUCACACCGGUUAGGACGCGACGCACGACGGGACUAGAGGACGAGCCCUUUUGUCUGACAGGAGAAUGAGGAAGAGGAGGAUCUGGAGAACGUAGGAGCACCUCGGAAAGUUACUGUCCAGUCUCAAUGAAAGCAUCGGAGGAGACUGACUAGUUUUUGACUCAAUGGCCAAGAAAGGGCGUACGAAGGGCGAGAAGCCCGAAGCGCUCAUCUCUGCCCUGCAGGCAGCCAAUGAGGAUCUCAGGUCCAAGCUGACGGACAUUCAGAUAGAGCUUCACCAGGAAAAAUGCAAGGUGAGCAAGCUGGAGCGCGACAAGGUGCAGGAGGUGAAGCGGGUGAAAGAGCAGGAGCAGCACCGUCACACCGCCACGUUGACAGAGCAACGGGCCAAGUGGCACGAGGAAAAGCAGAAGGAGCUCCAGGCUCUCAGGGAGAACCUGACCCGGCAGCAUGAGCAGGAGCUGGCCCGCCACGCCAAAAUCAAAGACCAGGAGAACCAGAGGCUGAAGGCGGCACUGAGCGCCAUGCGCGACGGCAGCGGAGAGAAGGUGCGCACCGCUCUGACGAUGGAAGCCAAAGAGGAGGCGCGUCGCUUCUUUGACCAGGAGAGAGUGAAGCUCCUGCAGGAGAUACAUGAGCUGAAGAGCGUUAAGAAGCAGACCGACGAGGCCCUGAGCAACAUGAUCCAGUCCGACAAGAUGAAGGCCGGGGACCUGCGCUCCGAGCACCAGCAGCACCAGGAGCAGAUCUCCAAGAUCAAGUGGGACUGCGAGAAGGACGUCCGCAGACUGGUGGAUGAAAUCAAAUCUAAAGACCGCACCAUCUUCUCUAUGGAGAGGGAACUGGAGUCGACAUCAGGGUACCUACAGAAGCUGCAGCUUCAGAAGGACUUGCUGGACGAUCAGCUCUUCCUCGUCAAGGAGGCCGAGUGCGGCCUGGGAAGCCCGAAGAGAGAGAUCCCAGGCAGAGCUGGAGACGGAGCCGAGCACUGCGGCAGCCCGGACAUGAGGAGAAACCAGAGGCGCGUUGCUGACCUCAACUCGACUAUACGCAAACUGGAGGACCGCAACUCGCUGCUGGUCGACGAGAGGAACGAACAACUGAAGAGAGUCCGAGAGUCGGAGAAGCAGUGCAAGCCCCUGCUGGAGAAGAACAAGCUGCUGAAUAAGAGGAACGAUGACCUGACCCAGACCAUCCAGAAGCUGGAGGAGAGACUCAAGAUCCUGGCCAAGGAGAACAUGGAGAUGAAGGACAAGAUCAGCUCACAUCCUCCACUGAAGAAGCUCAAGUCUCUAAACGACCUGGACCAAGCCCAUGAUGACCAGGAAAUAGCCUUUCUCAAGCUCCAAGUCCUGGAGCAGCAAAACAUGAUCGACGAACUGACCAGGGAUCGUGAAAAACUACUAAGAAAGAAAAGGCAUAAAAGAAGUUCCAGGCCAAUAAAGAGGCACAUCGUGGUAGAUACGUUCUUCGGAUACGACGAGGAGUCCAUGGACUCCGAGACGUCCUCGGUGGCUUCGUUCCGGAUGGACAGAACUCCUGCUACUCCUGAUGAAGACCUGGAUCAGGGUCUAGCCAAUGAGGAGUCGGAGCUGCGUUUCCGUCAGCUGACCAGGGAGUACCAGGCCUUACAGCGAGCCUACGCCCUGCUGCAGGAACAGAAGGGAGGCAUCCUGGAUGCUGAGAUGGAAGCUAAGGCUCAGGAGCAGCUCCAUGCAGACGUUCUCAGGUACAAAGCCAAAAUAGAGGACCUGGAGAAGGAACUGACCCUGAGGGGACAGGACUCCAAAUGGGUGGAGGAGAAGCAGCUCUUCUUACGAAGGAAUCAGGAGCUUUUAGACAAGAUGGAUAAGUUGGACUCUGAGAGCAGUCGGCAGCAGCAGGAGCUUCAAGACUCCAGAGACCAGAAUGAGCUGUUGGAGUUCCGGAUACUGGAGCUCGAGGAGCGUGAGAGGAGGUCGCCUCCGUUCAACCACCUGAGGAUGCAUCCGUUCUCUGAGGGAGUCAGCGCUCUCCAGAUCUACUGCAUGAAGGAGGGGGUGAAGGAUGUGUGCAUACCAGAUCUCAUCAAACUGCUCGACAUCCUGGGAGACAACGGGAACUUAAGGAAUGAAGAGCAAGUGGCCAUUAUACAGGCCAGCACUGUUCUCUCACUGGCAGAAAAGUGGAUUCAGCAGAUAGAGGGGACGGAGGCAGCACUUCACCAGAAGAUGAUCGACCUGGAGAUCGAGAUGGAGAUGUUCUGUAAACAGAAAGGUUAUCUAGAAGAAGAGCUGGACUACAGAAAACAGGCCCUGGACCAGGCCUACAUGCAAAUCCAGGAGUUGGAAGCUACGUUGUACAACUCCCUGCAGCAGGACAAGGUGAUAAAGUACGGCGAGCCUCUGGAUGAGCAUCAGCGGGACGAGCUGCGGACGGCGGUGGAGAAGCUGAGGAGGCAGAUGCUGAGGAAGAGUCGCGAGUUCGACUGCCAGAUCCUCCAGGAGAGGAUGGAGCUGCUGCACCAGGCACACCAGAGAAUUCGUGACCUCGAAGACAAGACGGAAAUCCAGAGGAGGCAGAUUAAAGAUCUGGAGGAAAAGGUGGUGUGUCGGCGUGGAGGUCUCCUUCGUGACCACAGUGUUAUUUAUUUUCUGGACCAGCGUGGAACCGUGUGUGUAGCAGUGGCUGCUGGUGUCACUACAUCAGUGGCUGCUGUCAGUGUAAGGUGGAUGUGUCGUGCGUUGGCCGUGGAUGUUCACACUUCAGAUUUACUUUUUCUUCUUCUUGUGUUUUUUAUGAAAUGGGCACGGGGGUUCUCAGGACGCUGCCCUGGACGAUCUACUUUUUAAAGCCGUGUUGGACAUUACACAUCUCUCCAAUCAGCUGGGAGUACUGCAACAGACACACAACUAGAACAUAUACACUUACAGACGCAAACAGACAGGUUACGGACAGGCAUGCGGAAACAGAAGCAUGCAGAUGCACACACACACACACACACACACACUCACUCACACUCGACACACACAUAUGCUUUGACAAAUCCAAACCAAAGCCUGGGAAAUGCUCUCUCUGCCAUGCAGGGUAAUGAUAUGUCAUUCACAGCCAUUUAGCCACAGUGGGGACAUAAGUGAGACAGAAGAACUCACAGACAACGAGGAAAACAAAAACCACCGGACCACAAACCUCUCCUAGUCUCUCCUCUUCAUUCCUUUACCUUUCAAACCGGGGAGGACAUUAUUCAGGAGUGAAAAAACCUCUCGGCGAAAUCGAAGCGAGCCGAACUCAGGGCCCUUGGGUGCCGGGGCAGCUUGAACAGUGCUGGUCUCGGGUCUGGUUGUGAUGAGGAACACUCCGGACUCACCGGCUGGCCCAGGACGGUGCUCUACACACCAAACUGCCCGGAGUUUACACCCUGGAAAAAGACAGACGUGCACUGCAGAGGCUGGUGUGUACAGACACUAAA